AUGCUGGCGUUGGGCCUCCUGGCAUGCGCUGCUUCCGCGAAUUCGAUCUUUGAGGAUUCGCUCGAUGCCUGGGAGGUGCUGAAGGAGGUUUCGCGACCGCCAGCCUCCUUGCGCUCAGUGCGGCGCUUCGCUCGAAAAAGAGGCUCACAGUGCGAUCUUCUACGGGCAGAUGGACUCUCCAGGGAGGCAGCGACUGGCUUGGGGAGCCUUCCGGAGCCCAUCCUUCUCUCGAAUGUGCUUUCAGGCCUUCCACAGAUCGAGCUCGCCAAGCAUGGCCAAGAGGUGUAUCGUGUCAACAAUGGCCGCUUCGGGCCUGGCAAGGUGCACCGAAAUCUACAGCUGCAAAGUUACUUACAGCACAACUCUUCUGACUUUCACAUCUUCACCAUCAACAGGCCGGGUCAAGAUGAGCCGGGCCCUUCGCUUGUAGAUGAGGUUCAGCGCCUGGCGCGAAAUGUGCUGUUGGCGGAAAGGAUUUCUGGGCGUUGGAUUCUCUCCUUGGGGCUACAGGCGUCUCAUGUUGAUCGGCAUUCCCAUGAGGAAUCCUGGCUACUGCUGCUUCAUGGAAGGAAAGCAUGGUGGAUUGCUGACGGAAGUGGCCAGAACCAGGACUUUGGCGCCUGGGAGGAUCCCUGUGGCUUCUUGGGUCAUCGACCACCUGCUGGGGUACGCUUCUGCGUGCAGCAACCCGGAGAGGUGUUGUUCAUCGGGACUCAUCUGGAGCACUCCACCUGCAACCUCGAGCCCUUGGUCUUGGGCGUGGGCGCCCAGGGAAGUCGUGCUGACUGGCCCUUGGCGCGAGCAGUGCAGGAAGGGCAUCUGCCGGGGCAGCUUCGUCAGCUGGACCGUGAGAAGCUGCAGAGCUCCUUGCAGUAUGCUGCCUCCUUUGGGCACGUGGAUGUCAUGACCGAGUUGCUUGCGAGAGGAGCUCGGAUGUCAGGAGCAAGCGCCGCGGAAGCCGGACACCUGCCUGCUCUCAACCUUCUGCUCCAGUCGGCGGCGGAUCUGGUCACGACCGACUCAGCAGGCAGGCAGCCACUGCACACUGCCGUCUCCGCAGGGCAUACGGCCACGACCCGGCAUCUGCUGCAGCUGCGCGCGGAUGCGUCGUGGCCAACCUCCCGCCAGGAGCAGCCGCUGCACUUGGCCACCAGCCACUGCAGGUUGACCAGCCUGCUGCUGGCUGCGGGCGCCGAUGCGGCAGCCACAGACAUGGAGGGCGUGCAGCCGAUCCAUUGGGCUGCAGCAGGUGGCUCUCAAUGCGCGGUGCGCGUGCUUCUGGCUGCCAAGGCGUCGUUAUCCUCAGCCGACGGCGUGAACGGUGGUCAAGCGAUCCAUUGGGCUGCCGCCAACGGACGAAUGGACAUGUUGCACCAGUUGUUGCUGCUGCGGGCAUCAACUUCGCAGAGAGAUUUUGCGGGAGCAACGCCGUUGCACUGGGCGAUUGGCAACAGCCAAAAUGUGGCUGCGCAGUACUUGCAUCAGGCGCUGGCGCGCGGGGAGGCGGUGGAUGACUUGGCGGCGGCAGCUGGCGUGACCAUGCCCGCUGUGAAGAAGGGGUCGAAACCACUGCAGGAAGUGCAGGAAGCCGAAGUUGAGCCCAUAGUGAGCACAGCUCCCGAAGUGGAAGCCGCAGCCAUCGAGGUAGCUCCGCGGCCUGUCCAGAAUCACCCACAGGAGGAAUCUCCAGCAGAAGAAGCCGAGGACGACUUUCUCCCGGGCCUCUUCGUUGACACCAACCGUGGCUUUGGCCGAGGUCGACCACUGGGCCGAUUUUCUGAGAACCCCAUGCUGGGCCGUGGCAUGGGCCGGGGCCGCGCGCUGGCGCCCCCUCCCGGGCUGCAGGGCCUCCAUCUUUCCGGGAACCAGCGCAUGCCUGCCAGCUUGUCGCGCCCAUGGAUGGCUGGCCCUCCAAUUCCGGAGGACGAGGAUGUGACCAACACCCCGCAAGCGAGCUGGGUCGACACGCAGGGCCGCUGGGUGCCGCCUCUGGACUUACCGCGCCGCGCCUGGGCGGACAUGGACAGCGGCUCCGAGUUCGGGUCCGAGCGGAAGGGCCAGAUGAGCUACGUGCCAACGCCCAAGCAGAAGUGGUCCAAGACACCGUCGCCCCCCAGCUCGCCGGCGGGCCUCAUGACCUUCGGCCUUCCCGAUGCCUUGCCGAUGCCGAUCGGGCCCAUCGGGCCUGCUGUUGCGCUGGCGGCCUCUGCGGCAGCCACCUCUGCAGCAUCACUCAAGGACACGGCCGCCUUGGCGGACUUCGGGAUCCCGGUCUACGUCACGGUGCCUAUUGCAGUGGCGAAGUGUUGUCCGCACUGCGGUAAGCACUUCGCAGUGCCCAGCAAAGAGGAUCCAGGAGGUUGA